AUGCAACCUGGACGGCUCCACGAAGACGAUCUCCAAUCACUCAUCCUGAGACAUCAGCUGACAGUAGAGGAGGAUGGAAUCCGAAAGUUUGAACUACCUACCACCAACGACGGCGCCGGAUUUCGUCUCAUAGUGAUCACACCCGAACAGGCCCAACUCAUCGAAAGAUAUAGCGCAGCUGGGAUCUCCAUUGACGAUACGCAUUGUACAACUCGCUACAAUUUGAAACUGGCUACUAUGAUGCUAGUUGAUGACUAUGGUCGUGGGGUUCCAGCUGGGUUUUUAUUCGCCAAUAAGAUGGACAAAGAAGAGUGCGCCUUUUUCUUUGAAGAGGUCAGAAAUGUUUAA